UCACGCGUAUCGGAGGGAGCCUGCCGAGAGUCAAUGAGAGUAGGGAGCGAGGUACGCAAGGCCGGUCGUGUGGGGAAGAUCGCGAGUGAUCGAACGAAUGACGUCUCUACCAGGGUAAGAAAGCGUAAGGCCAAGAAACAAGACAAGGGGAGGGGGUUUCAAUCGUCGUGCGGGCAGGAAGAGCCGCUCAGCCUCACUGAGAGUGACAACGAAGGGACGAGACGGCAUGAAGAUUUCUCUCCAUUGCGAGGUGCGUGGUGGCCGGCGACUUGAGCUGAGUGAGGCGUCCGAGACGUAGCACGGCCGGCAUCGACGACGGCGAGCUAGGGCGGCAAGGCUGCACCGAUUAUCGCAUCGCAUCGCCGAUGCCGUCCAUCGAGUCGAGCAGUGUGGAGACCGGCCCGCGGAAUAUGAAACUACUCAGCAGUGAGACAGGGUCUGUAACACAUCCUCACCUUACAUUAAAGUCGUACUAUUGCGUCCCGCUCCCGUCUUCGCUGCUCCCUACGGAACAUUUCUCCUUUCCUCUCACUCCUCUCUCGGUGAUCCCUGUAUCCGGUGGUCUCUCGCUCACGAUGUCGCGCGCUCAGCAACACUACACCGUACCUAUAGGCGGAGCUCCCUUCGUCCACCCACAGCUCUCCCAGCUGUCAACUUCUCCCCCUCACUAUCACUCAACGGUAGCCGCGUCGACGUCGUCUUCGUUCAGUUCGAGCAGCCCCUCCUCUUCCUCAUCACUUGCCUCCUCCCCGUCGUCAGCACAGGGCUCGGGCUCCUCUGGCUCUCCGACCUCAUCAUAUUGGGCCGACAGCCAGCACCACGAUGCAUCGGUCCCUCCUACAGCGCACGAAGCUGCCGUACUGUACUCGCGUCAGCUUCAUCGUCACACGGCCUUCAUGUGGGAGUCGGAGCGUCUCAACAUCGAGAAAGCACGGCUGGAGGGCCGCGACUCCCCGUCGAGCAAGUCGCCCAAAGCCGGCGGUAGCGGUGGUGCUCCUCUUCAUCACAGGCAGGAGCCUGCUAAUGCUGGCAGCAGCGGGUCCAAAACUUGGGAUUUCUUGCUCGGGAGGAGCAGAAGUAGGAAGGAAACGGGCGGGGCAAGGAGCGGAGCUGGGCACAAGCGUAAUGCGUCGCUGAGCUGAAGAAAGAGUUUGUUUGCCAGGAGUCGUUCGGCACUACUACCACCACUGCAUGAGAUGGCUGUGCGCCAACGCUAGCCUCUGGAAGGAACAGCAAAAAGUCUCACGGAUUCAGCAGUCAGUCAUCCACGUCUCUCACUUCCCGCUCGCUCGUCUCAUCUCUUUCCAGUUGCGAUGUAUCGCUCUACUUCUCACCACUGCUGUAUUUUAAUCAUCUCACAUACACGCGUCAUUCUUGUAUCUACUCUACGACCUGUGCUCUUCUUGGAAUCAAUGUCAUCAAGCCCACACGACAUUGCCUUUGCCGCGAUUGCUCAGCCAGGCUUUU